GGGAGAGCGCGUCACUCAGGUUUUCCUAGCUGCCAGUCUCCCAGCGUCCCCAGCUUUCCAGGUAGGGACGCCCCCUCCCACGCAGCGCGGUUCGGUCGGGUGGGAAGGAGGGGCUGGCCUCCGAGCGCCCGCCCCUCCAUCUAUCACAUGGCCGGAGAGCCACAAAAACAACAGCUUUGGCCAAGACCGUGACUUCAGGAAAGGAAACCCGGGGCUCUCGCAGCCGGCCCCCACCCCAUGGAGGAGAGUUUUCUUGAAUCCUUUGGGAGGCUGAGCCUCCAGCAACAGCAGCAGCAGCAACCUCGGCCGCCGGCCCCGCCGCCCCCGCGUGGGACACCUCCGCGCCGCCACAGCUUUAGGAAACAUCUCUACCUCCUGCGAGGCCUCCCGGGCUCGGGGAAAACUACACUGGCCAGACAAUUGCAACACGACUUUCCCAGGGCUCUGAUUUUCAGCACGGAUGAUUUUUUCUUCAGGGAAGACGGUGCCUAUGAGUUCAAUCCUGACUUCCUGGAGGAAGCACAUGAAUGGAACCAGAAAAGAGCCAGAAAAGCAAUGAGGAAUGGCAUAUCCCCCAUUAUUAUUGAUAAUACCAACCUCCACGCCUGGGAAAUGAAGCCCUAUGCAGUCAUGGCACUUGAAAAUAACUAUGAAGUUAUAUUCCGAGAACCUGACACUCGCUGGAAAUUCAACGUUCAAGAGUUAGCAAGAAGGAACAUUCAUGGAGUCCCAAGAGAAAAAAUACACCGGAUGAAGGAACGGUAUGAACACGAUGUUACCUUUCACAGUGUGCUUCAUGCGGAAAAGCCAAGCAGAAUGAACAGAAACCAGGACAGGAAUAACCCAUCACCUUCCAACGGCGCAGGAUACUGGAAUCCCUGCGCGGAGUUUCCCACCCGGAGGGCUCAUGGGGGCUUCACAAACGAGAGCUCCUUUAACAGAAGAGGCGGCUGUCACCAUGGAUAUUAGAGGCCUAUCGUACAGGCAUUCACAAUUUUCCUAAAUCAGUUUUUACCGCAACUUUUGGUAUUUAUUCUUUGUUCAGUUUUAGCCAGAGCUCUAAUUCCCGUGUAAAUAGUCGGACCUGAAAGUUUUUCAGCAGAAGUCAUUAUAUUCAUUUUCAACAAGCACUUGUUAAAAGUGAUCCUCUAUGCAUGGUCUGAUGCUGGAAUUCUGAUUUGAUUAAACAAAGUCACUUUCUCUAGGGAACCAAUUGGAAAUGGAACCCUGAAAACGUACCCAGUCACAUAAGUUCAAUAUACAGAAGCUUCAGUACCACUUCCUCUGAAGUAAUCUAUUUUUCCAGAAAACCCAUCUCCAUCAGGAAGGUUGGAAAGGUGGGGAAGUGGGAGACAGGAAAAUGUUAGUGCCAUUGCUACUUUGAUAAGCCGUGUAUCCAAAAAAUGUGAGAUGUGUGGCUGUCACGAUGAGAGUGGUUUUCCUCUAAAAUGCAUAUGCUAGAGAGCAUACAUCUAAGGGAAUAUCGUCCUUCAAAGUAGACUCUUUGGGGGAAUUAUCCCUUUAUUCUCGUGAUGUGUCAUUGUUAAAAAGUCUUUUGGAUUCUUCUUGAUAGCUCUAAAAGCUACUGAGGAAAACCAGUGUCAUUAUUUAAAGUCACAUCUUGUGUUUUAACUACCACUGUAUCGAAUAGGAUUAAACCUGAUGAACUUUUUGGCUGUUGUGCCAAUAGUGGAAAUUAAAGAAGCCUGACUUUAUAAAACACCAGUUUUUAAGAGGAAAAAAUUAAGCAGUUUUUAGACAUGUGCAUAAUCAGUUGGCUGCCCAAAUGUUUGGGAGCACAAGAAUUAAGCAUCCCAAGAUAUAAAUCAUAUAGGGAUACGUAAAAGUCAUGCUCAUUGCAAGAUGAGCAGUCUUGGCGUUUUAUGUGGCAUUUAAGACAAUAAAGUUCUACCACAACUCUGGGAUGUCCCUCUUAAACCAAUACUGAAUUUAUGAUUCCAAAUCAAGUCUCCACAGGUUAGAAUCAGAUUAAUUUGGUGUGAGACCAUGAUAGAUAAGAUCACGUAGGAUGUAUGCUUUAUUUCUUGUUGGCCAACAGCUUCUUUACAAUGUUCUGUGAAAUAUUAUUUUAAGUGUCCUAUAUAAUGGUGCUUUUAUGGUUAUUAAAAAUUAUCUAUGGUAUUGCUUUA